CUCUUUUUCCCUUCCCUGUCGGUGAAAUUCGUACUCGGAAUUUUUUCCUUCAGACGAUCGCGUUUUGUUUAAUUUCUUCAAAAUUUCAGUCUGUUGGAUUCAUUUCGUAGAAUUAUUGUGAACUUUCUCCGUUCCUUGUUCGCUGAAGGGUGUAUUUUUUGUGAACUGUAACGAUGCAUAGAAGAAGCAGAGGUGGCAGGGAUGAAUUUUUUGAUUUUGGCGAUCCCUUUGCUGGUUUUGGAGGCUUUCCGGGUCAAAGAAGCUUAAUGUCUAGUGUCUUUGGUGGACGGGAUCCAUUUGAUGAUCCUUUCUUCAGAAAUCCGUUUGGAAGCAUGUUCGAGUCAAGCUUCUUUGCGUCUCCUGGCAUUCCUUUUGCAAACAUGCAUGCAUCUGGAUUCCUUGAUCAUCAGGCCCCUGAGCCUAAAAGACCAAGGGGCCCAGUUAUUGAGGAAAUAAAUUCUGAUGAUGAGAAAGAAGGCGAGAAAGAGACUAAAAAUAGAAGGAAUUCAUCCAAAGAGCCUCUCGUUGAGGAUCCUGAUGAUGGAGAGAAGGGGAACAGACAUUUGCAGCUCUUGGAUCAUCACAGUGGAGCAAAUCGUAGGCAUGUCCAGCCCCAAGCUAAUAGCUUCACAUUUCAAAGCUCCUCUGUAACUUAUGGUGGUUCUAAUGGAACAUAUUAUACUUCAUCAAAGAUGAGGAGGGCAGGGAGCGAUGGCAUGAUAUUUGAAGAAAGCAAGGAAGCGGAUACUGCAACCAGACAAGCUAGCCACAGAGUUUCAAGAGGGAUUCAUAAUAAGGGUCAUUCAGUUACAAGGAAACUAAAUCCUGAUGGUAAGGUGGAUAGCAUGCAAACUCUGCACAAUCUUAAUGAAGAUGAACUACGUAGUUUUGAAGAUACUUGGGCAAGGAAUUCAAGAAGUUUUCCUAGCUGGGCUGAGAGUUCAAACAGCUUUAAUAAUAUUGCCGGUGGCAUUGGCCAAAUUGGGCAAACUGGCAGAGGUGGGCUGGCACUUCCGUCCACUCAGCAUCCUCAAGUUGCUGGAAGGAUGACCGUGGAAGGCUGCAGUAACCCGAGUUCCUCCUCCUCACGUGCACAACAAGUAAACAGGAGUAGGAAGGAUGCAAGGUACAGGAGUGCCUAAACUCACGCGAAAUGGAAGUAUACGUCGGAUUUGGGAGGAACCCUGCCGUUUGUUGCAUCUUUUGUGUAUCCAUCUAUUUCACAUGGAUGGCCUUUUAUCAUUGUGGAAUUCAUAAUUACUUGCUGACUUGCAUAUACCAUGGAACUGAAUGAAUAGGUUCAAUUGAUAGAGUAUUUCAUAUCUUGCCAUGAUCUCCAGGUCUCAGAGUUGCGAUUUGACGAAACUGAGGAGAGGAGAGUGAUUUUGCUAGAAAAAUACCAUUUUUAGGAAUUGAAUAAAGAGUCUUUUAUAUUUA